CUCUCUCUCUCUCCCUCUCUCUCUCUCUCUCUCUCUCUCUCUCUCUCUCUCUCUCUCUCUCCCUCUGUCUCCCUUAGUCUGGUACCCUGUUCAACAAGAGUGAAUACCACAGCCUAAGACAUAGGACCAUGACUGGGGAACUGAGGCCAAGUCGCCCAAAGGCAGGAUCCAAGAGAGCCAGCAGUGAGGCCUUCGGAUCUGACUAUGGCCUGGAGUAUGACAGCUACCCAGAUUACCUCUACAACAGGGUGUUUGACUACCAGCGUGUCCCAGCCUCCAUGAUGCCAGCCCCAGUGGAGCCCAGCCCUAUAAAACACUCCCGUGGCCCCUCUUCCUCCUCCGGCCUGCACCGCUCCAGAGACAGACCACAGGGCAAGAGGAGUGCCCAGCGCACCGGCUCUUCCAGCAACAGGGCUAAGUUGAAGAUGGCAGAGCUGUUGGCCAUAAAGAGCGAGUUGACUCUGAUCAAGGUGCAGAUUGAUGGACUGCUGGACAGUGUGGAAAAGAUGGACAGACGGAGAAAAGACCACUCAGAUUCACCUCUGACCGGGGAGGGCAGUGUGUCGGACUCAGUGAGCAGUCUGGAUGACUCCCCUGUCAGCCUUCACCACAGACAGAGAGAGAGCCCAGAGCCAGGAGAGGCCAGCGAUGAUUACCACCAGCACCACCACAGGAUAAAUAACCAUCAUUCUGAUCUGGAAGAUAACAUGUGAGGAGAUCAGGUAUACAUGGCUAAUAAAGACUCAAUGAACCCGAUGACAGCAUCACAGCGACUUGGAGAGGGAUUCAAGUGAAAGGAGAAGUGAUCAUCUCUGAUCACAGUCAACAUGGACAGAACCCUAAAAUACACUGUACCUUACAAAGUUGGAUCUUCAGCGAAUCUUUUCUUUUGAUGAGUAAGAAAUAUUUCCCUGGUUACCCUCAGUUCCUUUCCCACAGUCAGCUUCUGUCCAACUUCGUGUCUCCAGCUCCCCUUUGCAACAGGUUCCUACAGACUUAUGGACUCAACAAAAUAUGGCAGCUUUUAAAAAAAUGUGUCGUCUCUUGAAGAAGGGGACUGACAACUGAUAUGCUUCACACAGACAGACACACCCACAUUUAUACAACUACAGUUGAAGUCAGAAGUUUACAUACACUUAGGUUGGAGUCAUUAAAACAAAUUGUUCAACCACUUCACAAAUGUCUUGUUAACAAACUAUCAUUUUGGCAAGUCAGUUAGGACAUUUACUUUGUGCAUGACACAAGUAAUUUUUCCAACAAUUGUUUACAGACAGAUUAUUUCACUUAAAAUUCACUGUAUCACAAUUCCAGUGGGUCAGAAGUUUACAUACACAAAGUUGGCUGUGCCUUUAAACAGCUUGGAAAAUUCCAGAAAAUUAUGUCAUGGCUUUAGAAGCUUCUGAUAGGCUAAUUGACAUCAUUUGAGUCAACUGGAGGUGUACCUGUGGAUGUAUUUUAAGGCCUACCUUCAAACUCAGUGCCUCUUUGCUUGACAUCACUAGAAAAUCAAAAGAAAUCAGCCAAGACCUCAAAAAAGGAAUUGUAGACCUCCACAAGUCUGGCUCAUCCUUGGGAGUAAUUUCCAAAUGCCUGAAGGUACCACGUUCAUCUGUACAAACAAUAGUAUGCAAGUAUAAACACCAUGGGACCACAUAGCCAUCAUACCGCUCAGGAAGGAGACAUGUUCUGUCUCCUAGAGAGGAACAUACUUUGGUGUGAAAAGUGCAAAUCAAUCCCAGAACAACAGCAAAGGACCUUGUGAAGAUGCUGGAGGAAACAGGUACAAAAGUAUCUAUAUCCACAGUAAAACGAGUCCUAUAUCGACAUAACCUGAAAGACCGCUCCGCAAGGAAGAAGCCACUGCUCCAAACCCGCCAUAAAAAAGCCAGACUACGGUUUGCAACUGCACAUGGGGACAAAGAUCGUACUUUUGGAGAAAUGUCCUUUGGUCUGAUGAAACAAAAACAGAACUGUUUGGUCAUAAUGAGCAUCGUUAUGUUUAGAGGAAAAAGUGGGAGGCUUGCAAGCCGAAGAACACCAUCCCAACCGUGACGCACGGGGGUGGCAGCAUCAUGUUGUUGGGGGUGCUUUGCUGCAAGAGGGGCUGGUGCACUUCACAAAAUAGAUGGCAUCAUGAGGAAGGGAAUUUAUGUGGAUAUAUUGAAGCAACAUCUCAAGACAUCAGUCAGGAAAUUAAAGCUUGGUCGCAAAUGGAUCUUCCAAAUGGACAAUGACCACAAGCAUACUUACAAAUUUGUGGCAAAUUUGCUUAAGGACAACAAAGUCAAGGUAUUAGAGUGGACAUCACAAAGCCCUGACCUCAAUCCCAUAGAAAAUUUGUGGGCAGAACUGAAAAAGCGUGUGCGAGAAAGGAGGCCUACAAACCUGACUCAGUUACACCAGCUCUGUCAGGAAGAGUGGGCCAAAUUUCACCCAACUUAUUGUGGGAAGCUUGUGGAAGGCUACCCAAACAUUCUACCCAAGUGAAACAAUUUAAAGGCAAUGCUACCAAAUACUAAUUGAGUGUAUGCAAACGUCUGACCCACUGGGAAUGUGAUGAAAGAAAUAAAAGCUGAAAUAAACCAUUCACUCUACUAUUAUUCUGACAUUUCACAUUCUUAAAAUAAAGUGGUGAUCCUAACUGACCUAAAACAGGCAUUUUUUUUGCUAGGAUUAAAUGUCAGGAAUUGUGAAAAACUGAGUUUAAAUGUAUUUGGCUAAGGUGUAUGUAACUUCCGACUUCAACUGUACAUUCGUAAUGUAGUACUGCCACUUAAUGUAUCCAGAUCACCACAGACUAAGAAUAUGUAAUCAAUCAAUUGAUAUAAAAAGCCAUUCGAGAUUGACCGGGCAUAGGACAACAGUAUUAGGCAUCUACACUCCCUGUGUGUUCUCUACUUUGCAUAUUUGUCUCUACCAACUUCCCAUAGCUUCCACAUUAGUACGGUCAGUAGCUAGGUUUCCUUCCAAAUGGAGACAGAUUUUUAUGCAAAUAUUCUAAAAUCGGCAUAAAGAAAAUAUGCAAAUUUUCCCACUAGUGGUGUGUUUUCAUUCCACCAAACGGACUUGUUAAAAAAUAAUGAAUGAUGACAUAGUGCACAUACAAAUACAUUGUGUGGUUAAAUUCCCAUGUACCGAAAAAAUAGGUUUCCAUCGCAUUUUCAACUCUACUGAUGGUUUGGUCACUAAAUACAGUAUGUUGCGUUACCGCGAAUGUGCCCACUCUGGUAUUGGCACGUGCGCACUAGCCAACAGCUCUCAGAUACAGUGCGGGUAUACUGUUGCCUACAUGAUGAGAUUAUUAUGGACUAAAGAGCGAGAUUAUUUGUAUUUGUCAAAUGGCAGCCAAGCAUAGAUCAUCAUAUCACCAGGAUAAGACUCUCCAAUAUGCAUUGGAAAGGAGCAGCAUGUGUUGUCAUUAUCAGUAGCUAGGUUUCCAUCCAAUUGGCAACAGAUUUUCAUGCGAAUAUUCUAAAAUCCGCAUAAAAACAAUGUGCGCAUUUUCCCAACACAGAUGUGUUUCCAUCAAAUUAACUUGUUGCGGAUAAAAGAUGGGCGCGAUGACAUAGAGCACAUACAAAUAACAUUUGCGGUUAAAUUGCCAUGUACCGAAUAAGAAAAUACACGUCAAAUGCGUUUCCUUCGCAUUUUCAACUGUACUGAUGGUUUUCCCACAACCAAUUUGGGUUAAUAUACCGGUGUAUCUGCGCGCGGUUGGCUAGGGCUCAUGUAACAUGAUGAGAUUAUUAUGGAUUAAAGAGCGAUAUUAUUUUUCAAACGGCAGUCAAGCAUCGGUGAUCAUGUCACCAGAAUAAUAACCUCGAUAUUUAUUGGAAAGGAGCAUUAAGCUCAUCACCUUGCACUUUCACAACCCUGUUCAAUUCAUCAUCAUUUAUUUAAUCUGUAGCUAAUAAACUGCAUGCUUUCCCGACGAGUCGUAGUGGGAGGACCACACCACAUGCCAUCGUGUGACUCCAAAUUUACUUCAAGAUUAUGGUUAUUAUAUCGAUACUUGCGCCUAAAAGCGUUUCCACCGACAUUUCUCGCACAAUUCAUUUUACCGACACAAAAAGAUCCUACAUGGUAUAGUGUAUUUUGUUUUGUAGACAUUUGGAAAGUUUACCAAAACUUGUUCUGUUUCCAUUAGGCCUGUCAUACCAUUUUUUAUCAGACGUACUUUACUUGCAUACAAAGGUUGGAUGGAAACCUUUUUGACUUGAGGAGAAAUUUGUUGAUUGCGUUAUUCUGGGGACAAUUUCGGCUGGCAUCAAACUAUUUUCUUUACCCCAGGAAGUGCUUCAAUGCCACAAAUAAAAACUAUUAUUCAUUGUGAAUAGUCAUAACAAUUGCCAUGGAAAAAUUCUACAGGGUUGUUCCACGAAAUGAGUGCCUUUUGCUUCCCUUUGAUAUUUUAAGUAGAAAUUGUGCACAAAUAAUGCAUUUUAAAAGCCUCUUAAAUGAAGUGCCAUUGCAUAUAGACCACAUGGGAUUUCAAUACAUUUGAUUUUUAAUAUGAAUAAAAACUUGCUAAAGUGCCAAAAGUCAGCAUUUUGACAUCUCCCUCUGUGCAUCCUCUGUGACCUCAAGGAAAAUGCUAACCUUCUUCUUAACCCUAACAUUUCUCCAGGAUUUCAUCAUCAUUGUAAAGCCCUAGUUAUUUUGUUGCUUUGACCAAGUCAUUUCUGAAGAUUAUUUAUUUAUUUAAUGUUAUUAGUGAUACAUUUUAAGGUAAAGAAAAACCCUGUCCCUCAUUUUAAGGUCAAGCCUGUUAUGUAAACUGAAAACUAUUUUAAUAUGCUGAAACUAUUCCUUUUAAAAUAUUUUUUUUUUCAAAAGAGACAUUAAACUUUGAACAGUCAAAUCAGGUGAGCUCGUUCUCCUAUUUUUUUUGUCAUUUUCUGGUGUUUUGUGGUGGAAAACUGAGUGGGUAAAGCAUAAGAAGUUGCCCAUAGACAGGCUAGAAAUAUUUUAACAAUUUCAAGUUGUUAAUGAAGCUUGCAUUCAAUUGCCUCUCCUUGUUGCACACACCAAACUUCCAUUCCCCCUGUCACAAGGGGAUUUUAUGGCUGCUUUAAAUUGUCAACCUUGUUACUUUAUUUGGCACUUAAUAGGCAUGCAAUUACUGUAGUAUUUGUUUUUUACCUCUUGAGAUGGGAACAUUUCGUUUUUUUUGUUAAGUUGAACAUGUGCUCCUUGUGACAGAAUGUUAAAAUUAAGUGAAAUAAAAUAUUUUUAUCCCCAGCGUGUUACACUAUUCAAAAGGCACCUAAUUGGUGGAACGACCUUACUGUAUAAUGUUGUACUGUAUUUUAAACCAUGGCUAUUUGAAAACAACUGUUAAAAUAAGUAUAUUUCACUUUCUUUAUGACCAGCAAGAAAAUAAAUCCAGACUAUUUACUCUGGAAAAAAUAAAGUUCAAGAUGUGAUGGUUUUUCAUAGAUUCCCAGUAUAUGAUUAUAUUACGCAUUUGCGUUUACUUUGCAUUAUUAUAUAUGUUUCAUGAAGUCUCGUGGUUUUUUGUGUUUAUAAAAUACUGAAUGUAAACUAUACAUUGUGACAGUAGUAAAGGUAUGACUAUUUUCGUAUAACUGAGUAUGCAUAUUUAUUUAACAUACAUUUGAGUAGCCUAGGCCUAGAAAUGUGGUGGCUUAUUGUUUGGCAGUGUUCUCUGUACUCAGCUCAAUAAUUUACCUGACUUGUAAACAAUUAGUAAUUAGGAUAUUAGUUUCUUUAUUUUUAUCUGUGGACUAUUCCAAUUUGAUUGUCUAUUUUAUAUUGUCUUGUUGUGGGCAAUUAAGUCGGCCAGGCUACCACAAUAAACAUUGUAUCAACCAUGUGGCUAAACUUUGUCAAUGUUGACAAGAUAUGCAUAGACCAACGGCUCUAUUCCAUCCCAUAUAGGACAUUUAAAGUAAUUUCCUAUUGAGCCGACCUCUGCAGCGUUUCCUAUGAAUGCAGUCUCCGUUAACGAGAGAACACUGCUUUUAUUAAAUUUCCAUCACGCUGUAACGAUGAAUUUCCACGAUACAGAUGGAAUAGAGCCCCUAGCUUAUUUUCGAAAUAGGUCUGGUCAAGCACCUGACAUUUGUUUGCGCACAGUGGUGUAAAGUAGUCUACUUAAGUAAAAAUACGAUAAAGUAGCCUACUACAUAAGUCGUUUUUUGCGGUAUCUGUGCUUUACUUUACUAUUUAUAUUUUUGAGAUCCUUUACUCCACUACAUUCCUAAAGAAAAAAAUGUACUUUUUACGCCAUACAUUUUUCCUGAUACUCAAAGGUACUCAUUACAUUUUGAAUGCUUAGCAGCACAGGAAAUGGUCCAAUUCACCUUAUCAAGAGACGUCCCUGGUCAUCCCAAUUGCCUCCGAUCUGGCGGACUCACUAAACACAAAUGCUUAAUUUGUAAAUUGUGUUGUAGUGUGUCCCUGGCUAUCUGUAAAUAAAAAAAUAAAAUAAAAA